UGAUGGUUAUAUGCCUGGUCCGACAGUUUGAAAAUCGAGAGGGAAACAAACGUUGCGAGAAUAAAAUGGAUUACAAUCUAGCGGCGCUAAAACUGCUCGCCGUGCAUCUCAGGUCGGCCCGCCGUGCGCCGUCGCAGAACGCCUACGCCCUCGGCGGGAUUCUUUUCCAGCGCGCUUGGCUCCAGGGUGUUCUUGUCUCCACACCUUCCGCCGAUGGUGAUGAGAGCGGUCGAUUUAUCCUCGACGACGGAACCGCCACUAUUGAGCUGUCCUUGACCAGCGAUUUUCGCAGGCAGCGCUGGGAAGCAGGAAUGUACUUGAUGGUCGUUGGAUUUUAUUCGGACCGUGAAGGGGAUCUCCCUGUGAUUAAGGCACACAAACUUAUUAAUCUUUCCGCAUUUCCAGAUAGGGAAUCGAUGUGGUAUCUUGAAGUCAUGGAAGCCUUCAAACUUUUCUACCAACCCCUCUUGGAAGAAUGACGAAGAAGUGUAGCAGGCAAGAAUCUGUUGUAUAUUGAAUUGUUUUGUUGGGUGCUAAAUACAUGCUGCUGUGAUUUACUGUCAUGGUCUAAGUGCAGUUGCAUAGUAUCUGAUUUGCUAAAUAUAUUGUGGAAGUCAGUGACUGUUUACUUUAUGCAUUGAAGCGCAUAAUGAUCAUAUAUGGCUGAUGCAAACUGAAAGGAACAUUAGCAGGAACUUCCCCUCUUAAGCUUUCUGCGAAAUUUGAAGAAUCAACCAUAUGCUUGAAUACUUCUUUCAAAAACU